CGCGGCACGGCUCUGCCCCUCCCCUUCCGGCGCGCCUUUGCCCCGCCCCUCACGGCGCUGUCCGCGUCCACCGAAGGAGUCGGCUCGGUCCGCUCGGCGCAUGCUGUUUCCACGCAGAGCUAUGGCCACUUUCCGUUUGGCCCUCAUCCAACUUCAGGUUUCUUCCAUCAAAUCAGAUAACCUCACUCGAGCUUGUGGCCUUAUCCGGAAGGCAGCCAUGCAAGGAGCCAAAAUAGUUUCUCUGCCAGAAUGCUUUAAUUCUCCAUAUGGCACGAACUAUUUUUCUGAAUAUGCAGAGAAAAUUCCCGGUGAAUCCACACAGAAGCUUUCUGAAGUAGCAAAGGAGUGCAGCAUAUAUCUUAUUGGAGGUUCCAUUCCUGAAGAGGAUGCUGGGAAAUUGUAUAAUACCUGUGCUGUGUUUGGACCUGAUGGAACUUUACUGGUAAAGUACAGAAAGCUCCAUCUGUUUGACAUUGAUGUUCCUGGGAAAAUUACAUUUCAAGAAUCUAAAACACUGAGUCCUGGUGAUAGUUUCUCCACAUUUGAGACUCCUUACUGCAGAGUGGGCCUGGGCAUCUGCUACGACAUGCGCUUUGCAGAGCUUGCACAGAUCUACGCACAGAGAGGCUGCCAGCUGUUGGUAUAUCCUGGAGCUUUCAAUUUGACCACUGGACCGGCUCACUGGGAGUUGCUUCAGCGAGGCCGGGCUGUUGAUAACCAGGUGUAUGUGGCCACGGCAUCUCCUGCCCGGGAUGAAAAAGCCUCCUAUGUCGCUUGGGGACACAGCUCUGUCGUGAAUCCUUGGGGCGAGGUCCUUGCCAAAGCUGGCACUGAGGAAACGAUCGUGUAUUCAGACAUAGACCUGAAGAAGAUGGCUGAAAUACGCCAGCAAAUCCCCAUUUUUAGCCAGAAGCGAUCAGACCUCUAUGAAGUGGCUGCGAAAAAGCCCUAAGGUUUAUGUUUCCAACGUGCCAUAAAAUAGGAAGAUACGUUUCUGCAACAUAAUCAACUCCCUGCUGAAUUCUUUAAUGGAGAUUUUUAUUUUAUUUUUUAAUUUCAGCCUUUUCCCUUCCUGGGAACUCUAUUGAGAGGCUGGAGCUUCAGCACAUGGUCGCCUCCAUCCCACGUUAGUGAGAAAGGCCUCAGGCUGGGAUUGAACAGCAGAAGGCCGUGGCUCUAAACCUUAUCCCAUUCGUAAAUGGCCCCAAAGCAGCUGGUAAAAGUAUCAGGUCUCCGUAUCCUGGUGGGUGAUUGACCUGAUAGAAAUGUAUUUGUGUCAUAAACCUCUUACCUCAUUGCUGGAAUUGGAAUCCAUUAUGUAGAAAAUUUGAUCUGGUAUACGUUUUUUGAGCAGCACUUUAAAGUUACAUUUUUGCUGUCUGAGUAGUUGUGGGAAGAAAAAUGUGGGUCCUUGAUGUUUGCUGGAGGUGGCAGCCACUCUAGCAGCCUUCGGGCCCUUAAAGGAGCUAAAGAUUCAACCCAGACCCUUCUGGUCUUGGGGAAAAGUCUCAACAAUGAGCCUGUGGGAAAAUGGCAGUGGCGGCAUGUGGUGGAGGCAACCAAUGUAUGUCUCUGCCAAAGAGUUUCUUGAUAAGGGCGUCUGGGUCUCUUUUUAUUUUUCUCCCUAGUAAUACUUUGUAGCUUGAUAAAGGCAAAAUUUGAAUCUAAGUGGUUCUAAGAAUUUUUUUGCACGAUUCAAAAUUAAGUCCAGUGAGCUUUUAUUUAUGUAUGUUGUAGCUAGUAGUGAGCCGGUAAAUGUUUAACACAGUCAGCUGCCUAAGAAAAAGCCCUGAUGUUGUAGCGUUUGCUCAUUUCUGUGAUGUAAAUACUUCCACCGUAGCCAGGUUCCAGCUACCAAUAUGACACUUUAAACAGGUGGGAAUAGAUGUGCACCAUCUGACAUGUUACAUCCAUGAAACCCCUCAGUCAGGGUAACAAACAUACCCACCCCUCAAAGGUUUCCUUGUGCCCUCUCAAUCCUCAAGCUAGUCCUCUUGUCCUCAGGAAAUCACUGUUCAUCUUUGUCACUAUAGAUUCGUUUGAAUUUCCUAGAAUUAUGUGAAAAUGGAAUCAUACCGUAUUUACACUUAUUUUGUCUUUCAUCAUCAUUUGGAGAUUUAUGCAUACAUAUGUAUGCAUCAAGAAUUCCUUUUUUAUGCUGCGUAGUAGCCCAUUGAAUGGAUGUAUGCAUAUACCAUCGUUUCUCCAUUCACCUGUUGAUAGACAUUUGAAUUUCCAGUUUUGGACUGUUAACAAAUAAAGCUUCUAGAAACGUU